CAGAAAAAAAAAAGGGUAAAAUCCUCUCUCUCUCUCUCUCUCUCUCUCUCUCUCCUUCGACUACUCCCUCGACUCUCGAACUCCUCUUUCGCACCAUUUUCGAUCGAAACCCCAAAAUCGAAGAGUCGGAGCAUCGAACGAAGCCCCCGAACUUAACCCCUAGUGCGAUCUAAGGUGCAAUUCGCGGUCGAGUGAGCAUAUUUUGAAGGAUUUGAAGUGGUAUGUGGAUUGGAUCGUAUCGUUGAUAGGGCUUUAUCUUUGGGGAUUUGAAGUGGUUUUGAUCGGUGUUGGGAGGGUCGGAUAUUAAUGUGUGGUCGCCGCGGCGGAGGAGGGGAUGUCGUCGUCGGCGGCGGCGGUGGGGGCUUCGGAUCUCGGUAGGCCGGGGCCGGUGGAGAGGGAUAUCGAGCAGGCUAUCACUGCUCUUAAAAAAGGGGCAUACUUACUAAAGUAUGGGAGGAGAGGGAAGCCAAAAUUUUGUCCAUUUAGGCUUUCCAAUGAUGAAUCUGUAUUAAUAUGGUUCUCAGGCAAAGAAGAGAAACACCUCAAGCUAAGCCAUGUAUCCAGAAUCAUUCCUGGACAACGAACUGCAAUUUUUCAGAGGUAUCCUCGUCCAGAGAAGGAAUGCCAGUCAUUUUCUCUGAUCUACAAUGAUAGAUCAUUGGAUGUUAUAUGCAAGGACAAAGAUGAAGCUGAAGUUUGGUUUGCUGGUCUAAAAACACUAAUCUCACGCAGCAAUCCUCGAAAAUUGCGAACAGAAUCAAGAAGUGAUGGAAUCUCUUCUGGAAGAAGCAGUCCAAGAACAUACACGCGUAGAAGCUCACCUCUAAGCUCUCCAUUUGGUAGCAUCAAUAAUACGCAGAAGGAUGGCAAUGACAACUUUCGGCUUCAAAGCCCGUAUGGGAGUCCACCAAAGAAUGGUUAUGAAAAGCCCUUUUCUGAUAAUGUAUUGUAUUCUGCCCCUCCUAAGGGUUUCUUUCCUUCAGAUUCUGCUACUGCCUCGGUUCACUCUUUAUCAUCCAGCUAUUCAGAUAAUGCAACUGGGCUUCCAAAAGGUGUCACAAUGGAUGGCUUCAGGGUAAGUUUAUCAAGUGCCGUGAGCUCAUCAAGCCAAGGUUCUGGUCACGAUGAUGGUGAUGCUUUAGGAGAUGUUUUCAUAUGGGGUGAAGGAACUGGCGAUGGAAUUCUGGGUGGUGGAAAUGCUAGAGUUGGAAGCUGUUGUGGUGCUAAAAUGGAUUCCUUUGUGCCAAAAGCACUAGAAUCGGCUGUUAUACUUGAUGUUCAAAAUGUCUCGUGUGGUGGAGGGCAUGCUGCACUUGUCACCAAGCAAGGAGAGAUCUACACUUGGGGUGAAGAGUCAGGGGGCCGGCUGGGACAUGGUGUAGACUCUGAUGUAUUGCACCCGAAGCUCAUCGAUGCUCUUGUUAAUACAAAUAUUGAACUAGUAGCAUGUGGAGAGUACCAUACGUGUGCUGUUACACUCUCCGGAGACUUGUACACCUGGGGCGAUGGAACAUUCAACUUUGGGCUUCUUGGCCAUGAGAAUGAAGCUAGCCACUGGGUCCCCAAAAGGGUUAAUGGACCUUUGGAGGGCAUACAUGUUUCAUCGAUUUCUUGUGGGCCUUGGCAUACUACUGUGGUAACUUCUGCAGGGCAAUUGUUUACCUUUGGGGAUGGGACUUUUGGUAUUCUAGGUCAUGGAGAUCGCAGAAGUGUCUCGAUUCCUAGGGAAGUGGAAUCCCUCAAAGGGCUUCGUACUGUGCGGGCAGCUUGUGGCUUUUGGCAUACUGCUGCAGUGGUAGAAGUUAUGGUAGGUAGCUCAAGCUCUAGCAACUGCUCUUCUGGAAAGAUUUUUACAUGGGGGGAUAGUGAUAAAGGCCGUCUAGGGCAUGGAGACAAAGAACCGAAACUUGUGCCUACUUGUGUGGCUGCUUUGGUCGAGCCAAACUUUUGUCAAGUGGCUUGUGGCCAGAGCCUAACGGUGGCACUUACAACCUCAGGCCAUGUAUAUACAAUGGGUAGCACUGUUUAUGGUCAGCUAGGAAACCCUCAAGCAGAGGGCAAUCUUCCUGUCCGUGUUGAAGGAAAGCUCCUUAGGAACUUUGUGGAGGAGAUCUCAUGUGGGGCCUACCACGUCGCAGUCCUGACUUCAAGGACUGAGGUCUACACUUGGGGUAAAGGUGCGAAUGGCCGAUUAGGUCAUGGCGACACUGAUGAUAGAAAUUCACCAACACUAGUCGAAGCAUUAAAAGAUAAACAAGUCCGAAGUGUUGUUUGUGGGACUAACUUUACUGCAGCAAUCUGUAUUCAUAAAUGGGUUUCUGGUGUUGAUCAGUCCAUGUGCUCAGGCUGCCGAAUGCCAUUCAACUUUAAGAGGAAACGUCACAAUUGUUACAACUGUGCGCUUGUGUUUUGUCAUUCUUGCAGCAGCAGAAAAGCUCUUAGGGCUUCGAUGGCUCCUAGUCCUAACAAACCGUAUCGUGUCUGCGACAGCUGCUAUAACAAGCUAACUAAGGCAGUAGAAUCUGACCCAUUAUCAUAUUCUACAGUUAAUAGGAAAGGAAACUCAAUACAGGGUUCGAUCGAUAUGGAUGAGAAGUCGGAUCAAAGAUCGAGUGGACAAAUAUCUAGAUUGUCUUCGAUGGAGUCCUUUAAGACUAUGGAUGGUAAAACUUCCAAGAGAAACAAGAAGUUUGAAUUCAAUAGCAGUCGUGUAUCUCCUAUCCCAAAUGGGAAUUCUAAUUGGGGUGGACUCAACAUUUCAAAAUCUUUCAAUCCUGUAUUUGGAACGUCAAGAAAGUUUUUCUCAGCUUCUGUUCCUGGAUCUAGAAUAGCUUCUAGGGCGACAUCGCCCACAUCAAGAAGAGCAAGCCCUACUCGUUCUGUGACACCAACGCCAACACUAACAGGUCUAACUUCCUCGGAAGUUAUUUUGGAUGGUGCUGGUAGGAUAAGUGAGAGCCUAAGCCAAGAGGUUAUUAGAUUGAGAGCUCAGGUGGAAAGUCUCACUAGGAAGUCCCAACUUCAAGAAGCUGAGUUGGAAAGAACAACUAAACAGUUGAAGGAGGCUAUUGGAAUUGCAGGGGAAGAAACUGCAAAGUGCAAAGCAGCAAAAGAAGUUAUCAAGUCGCUCACUGCACAAUUGAAGGGCAUGGCUGAACGGCUACCAGUAGGAGCUUCCAAAAACAGUAAGCUACCUUCUCUAAGCAUUCUCAACGGCGCUCCCAUCUUGAGUGAUAUCACCCCAUUAGCUGUUGAGAGUAUGAACAGUCCAAGAACUUCUAGUGAACCGGAUUAUAAUGGCUCUAAUAGCUUACUAUUUUCAAACGGAUCAAGCUCUUUUAGCAAUCGGAAUAAAACGGGUCAUUCAGAUGUGUUAAGAAAUGGAAGCACAGAUCCAAGUCAUGCAUCAGAAUGGGUCGAGCAAGAUGAACCGGGCGUUUACAUUACGUUCACUUCUUUACCUGGAGGGGCCAAAGAUCUCAAGCGGGUCCGCUUCAGUCGGAAGCGGUUCAGUGAGAAACAAGCUGAACAGUGGUGGGCCGAGAACCGUGCGAGGGUAUACGAGCAAUAUAACGUUCGCUUGGUUGACAAGUCCACCGCCAGCAUCGCCAAUGACGAUGAAUCUCAUUGAUAUUAGAUUGAGCUAUAAGGAGUAUUUGAUUCACAGAUUACGAGCCAAGUCGUGAUCGUGAGGAAGCUCUUACUGAUCAAGAAGCUAUAAGUGGCUGUGGUUUUUAUCAGCCCCAUAAAAAUGGAUAGAGGGCCCAGCUGUUAAGAGAUGUGGGUUUGGUUCCUUCACAUAAUUUUUCUUUUUCUUUUUCUUUUUUUCCUUAUCUUGUGUGAAAAGUAGAUAAGUUUGAGCUAUGAGGAAUGUAAAUUUUUUAGAGUCAGCUGGCUAAUAUCUUGUCUUGUAAAUGCAUAACCAAAUCCCCUCGAUUCAUUAUCUCUGUUUUUAUUUUUUGUGC